AUGGCAAGGUCAGGUCAUUCCACUCGCUUGUCUCCUGGAAGACAUAGGGCAUGUCAACCCCAGACACAGAAGCUCACGGAAACCGAAAUUUCCGAGCUGAAGAACUACCUUCCUGAGUGGACUUCUACGAAAAGGAGCGAGAAGCGGGCAGUUUUCACUGCAAUUGCCAGGGCUGCCAGGUUGUUUGCGCCAAAGGUGGACCAAGGACAAUGGAAAAAGAGGAAGCAGAUGUACAAGACUUGGUUGUUCAACAACAAGAAAAAGAAGAAAAGGAAGGACAUGAUAAAGUAUGGGAGGAAAUGGAUGCCUAGGAUGGUGAUCUACCAGGAGAAUUGGGAAGAGGUGCUGAAGAGGAUUGAGGAAGAGUCUGGGGCAAAGCCAGGAGAUCCUGGUAUGUUCAAGCAUUAUCAGGUGGCUGUGAAGAGAGUCAUGGCUGAAUUGUCUGACGACAAGUUGGAGAAGGUGAAAGAAACCGCCGAAGAAUGGUCCAACAACUGUCCUCCUCCUGAGAUACAAGCACAGGUCGCCCAUAAGAAGGGACCUGCAUAUAUGGAGCACUUUUUGAAGGAGAUGUGGAGGCAAUGCGGGAUGAGAGUGUUUGUGUUGUCAGCUUGGAAGAAUGAACAGGGCGAGGUGCUGUUCGGGAUGCACGAUGAUAACAAGGCAUUAGGAGAUGGGGACAGCUUCAUGAAGACAAAGAACUGGGAGGACAUCGAGCCGGUGUGGCAGGAGUAUGCGCAGGAACAGUUUGGUGCUGGAGCAUGGGAAGCCUUCGAGCUUGACACUGAUGAGGAUGGGAUGCCGCUGCUUCUGGACAUCACCGAAACAAAACUCGAGGAGAAGAACACCAUAGUCAGGGCUUUUCUCACAUCACACUAUCAUGAGUCAAUCAUUGCUACAUCCGGGACUUUGUUGAAUGCAUCGACAUAG